AAUACCCCCGUCACCAGCAUGGCAUUAUCUCCAGACGCCCCCUGCCUCUCGGAGCUUUCCGGAUUCCCCAACAGGAACUUUAGCCUCAUCUCCGGUACCCGUCCGUGUAACCGGAGUACAGGCAGAUCUUCUUCUUCUUCUUCGCCCUACAGCCCGCAGGCGACCGCUGCCUUCGCCAUCGCCAUCACCUCCAUGAUGCUCCUCACCAUCGUGGGGAACAUCCUCGUCAUCAUCGCCGUCCUGACGUCUCGUUCGCUCAAAGGUCCUCAGAACCUCUUCCUGGUGUCGCUGGCGGCAGCAGAUAUUCUGGUCGCGACGCUCAUCAUCCCGUUCUCGUUAGCCAACGAGCUGCAGGGCUACUGGGCGUUCAGCUCCGUGUGGUGUGAAAUCUACCUGGCGCUGGACGUUCUCUUCUGCACGUCCUCCAUUGUUCACCUGUGCGCGAUAGCACUGGACCGCUACCUGUCGAUAUCUCGCCCCGUGACGUACGGCGCCAAAAGAACCCCGACGCGAAUCAAAGCGGCCAUUAUUAUAGUCUGGCUGAUCUCCGCGGUCAUCUCUUUCCCGCCUCUUCUCUCUCUGGACAAGAGCAAAGGAGGUGAAGAAGUCUGCGAGCUGAACAACGAGCGAUGGUAUAUUCUCUACUCCACCAUCGGGUCAUUCUUCGCCCCCUGUGUGAUUAUGAUCCUGGUUUACGUGCGGAUUUAUCAGAUCGCAAAGCAGCAUACUCGAAGUUCGGCAGGACAGAAGCAAAAGGCGACAACGGGAGAAAAGGCCAAUGAGAGUCCUGCGAAGAUAUCCGAGCAGAACGGGGAUCAAGGAGGCAGCCAACGGGAAAAGGUCCAAGCUAAAAUCUCUGGCUCUGAUUCAAACCAGUCGUCUUUUCGAAACCCUCCAGAGAAUACGCCAAUCCAAGACACUUCAAUCCCCCAAAUCCCCCAAAUCCCUUCAGCUGUUCCCCAGAAAGAGUCCCAGAAACAUCAAGAGGAAGAAGAAGCAGCGUUCGAGAACUCGUCCAACUCUGGUUCUGAAAUGGCCGAUGAAGGCAAAGACGAAACGGACAAAUCGGAAACAUUAGGGUCGUCCCGAAAGAAAGGGUUCAAAGUCAAGAUGCUAAACCUGUCCUGUAGGUACAAAGAAACAAUGGCCACUUCUUCUUCUUCUGGCACCAAAGUUGUACCCGAGGAAAAAAUCCAAGGGACGCCGACUUCUCGCCGCAAAGCCAUGGCGAACCGGGAAAAACGCUUCACUUUCGUGUUGGCGGUGGUGAUGGGAGGCUUCGUUAUCUGCUGGUUCCCCUUCUUCUUCUCUUACUCUUUGAAGGCGGUGUGCCCGGAGACCUGCAGCAUCCCAUACCCUUUGUUUAAUUUCUUCUUCUGGAUCGGAUACUGCAACUCCUGCCUCAACCCGGUCAUUUACACCAUCUUCAACCACGACUUCAGGAAGGCCUUCAAGAGGAUACUGUGCAGGGACACCAAGGGCUCGUUCUUCUAGACUGGAAAUUAGGAUUUAUUGACUAUAAACACGAUUGAUACAAACACUUGCAGACCAUUUACAUACACUGAAACCUAUAGCACACACUACAGGAGAACAGAAACUCUUUAAGCAAAUGUGAUAAGGGUACGGAUCAUCUCAAGUUAGGUAUUUCGUACUGUUUUCAUUUUUUCCUUUGGAAUAUUUUUACAUAUAUUUUCCGCAUAUUUUUCUGUCAAUUUCUGAGAUAUUUUCCUUCUUUGGGAAAAUGCCUCCAGAUUUCAUUACAAUAUUUUUUGAAUAUUUUGUUUAGGGCCUGUUUAAGCGAAAGUGGUAAAGGUACUCAUCAUCUCAAGUUUGUCUUUUCCAAAUAUUGUCAUUUAUGCCUUCGGAACUAUUUAACAUCAUUUUCCAAAAUCUUUUUCAAAUCUUUUUGUCAAUUUCUCACAUUUUUUCCAUACUUUUUUGUGACCUUUUCUCGUGUGUUUUUCAGACUUCAUUCCUAAAUGUCACCAUAUUCAACCACAACUUCAGGAAGGCCUUCAAGACCAUGUACAUACACUAAAACCUAUAGAACAGACUACAGGAGAAACUCUUUGAGCAAAUGUGGUAAAGGUACGGAUCAUCUCAAAUUUGUUUUUUCUGACGAUUUACCGGAACUUUUUAACAUUUUUCCCCACAUUUCCUCCACACAUUUUCUGUCAAUUUCUCAGAUAUUUUGCACAUAUUUAUGUUAAAUGUUCUCCUGUGUUCAAACUUCAUUCAAAUUAAAAGCAUUUAUAGGUUGCACUGAUAGUACGUCAUGUAUACCCUGGUUCAUUUAAGAUCCUCAUACUAAACAUCACAUAGACACCCUA